UUCAUUUUUGACAAUUUUGACGUAACUUUGAUUAUCUUGAUCCCUUUAUUAGUCAUUUCUUGUCAAUAAAUUGAAAAUAAAAAAUAGAUUUUCUCCGAUAUGGCACAAGACAGCGCUGAUUCUUCAAAAACAAAAAAACCCUCGGAUAGUGCAUUCAAACAGCAAAGACUUCCAGCAUGGCAACCCAUACUUACAGCUGGAACAGUCUUGCCUACAUUCUUCGUGAUAGGAAUUGCAUUCAUUCCUGUCGGUAUAGGGCUUCUUUAUUUCUCAGAUGAAGUGAAGGAGCAUGUAAUCGACUAUACCAAGUGCAACGAAACUAAUGGCACUGACUCAAGUUGGUACUAUACAAAUGAGACUUGUGCAGAUAUUAUACACAAAAAUCCCAGCAAAGAAUGCAUAUGUCGGAUAAAUUUUACUUUAGAAAAAGAUUUUGAGGGUAAAGUGUACAUGUAUUAUGGUUUGAGCAACUACUAUCAGAACCAUCGAAGGUAUGUCAAAUCUCGAGACGACAACCAAUUAUUAGGGCGGUUAAGCACCGAUGUAUCCACAGACUGCAUGCCUUUUGCUUAUGCCAAUGAAAGUGGGCAGAAACUACCCAUCGCACCAUGUGGGGCUAUUGCAAAUUCUUUAUUCAGUGACAAUUUGACGCUAACCAUGUGGGUGGACUCUGAGAAAACGGAUGUGCCCUUGUUAAACACGGGCAUAGCAUGGAAAUCAGACAGAAGAAUUAAGUUCCGCAAUCCACCUGGAGACCUACAGGAGGCCUUCAAGGGUAAAUUUGCAAAACCGAAAGCUUGGAGAGUCCCCGUGUAUGAAUUGGAUCCCUACAAUCCCGAGAACAAUGGUUUCCAGAAUGAAGACUUGAUCGUUUGGAUGAGAACAGCGGCAUUCCCCACCUUUCGCAAACUGUACCGCAGAAUCGACCACUCACAAAAAGGUUUCGUUAAUGGCUUGAGGAAGGGGGACUAUGAAUUAAAAGUCGUCUAUAACUAUGACGUGAGCACUUUCGAUGGUUCGAAACGCAUGAUCCUCAGCACCACCUCUCUCUUAGGGGGCAAGAACCCGUUCCUCGGAAUAGCUUAUAUUGUCGUGGGGUGUAUUUGUCUCCUUUUAGGAAUAGCCUUGUUGUUCAUUCACAUCAAGUGUGGUAAAAGUACCAGUGAAAUGAUCAACGUUAACCCUAGGACUCCUUAUCAGUAAGUCAGGUUCUAAUCGAGUAGAAGGAAUUAGUUUGCCAAAGUUUGUUUGACCGUUACUAGGAUUGUACUUAGAGUUUUGCAUAUUGAAGAGUAUGUGCAGCCUUUUUAAUUGUUUAAAAAUAUUUUUUUUAUUUUUAUGGGGCAUUAAACAUUAAAUAUAAACGAGAUAAUACAAAACUCUUACAACUAAAUUCGAUCAUCAUAUUGACAAACAAUGUAAAAAAAAUGUGUCAAACAAAUAAUUUUUUAAGUUUUCCGAGUAGUGUUAAGCUCCAAUAACAUUUUAAUGUUUUUAAGAAUAUUCUAGUUGUUUCUAUUUCAUAAUCCAUAACUUAGUAUUUAUUUUCCAUGAUUUUCAUGAUUUUAUUUUUUUUGUGCCGUUAAACGCUCCUAGAAAAAGCUUUUACAUUGAAACAGAUUUUAUUCUGUCUAAUCCUCUUUUAACUAAUAUAUUCCAAAAUAUGUGUAUCUUUGGCUAAGAUUAGAAUAAGGACCUUGCUAUGUUACAAACAAGUUACUUUUGUGGUUGUAUUUUAUUUCAAAACAGCUCUGUUCUGUCACUAUAUACAGGGCAUGCAAAACUUCAAUAAGAAUAUUAUAUCUUGAAAUUUAUCUGGUAAACUUUUUUUCGCACUCAUUCUUUAAAUAACAAUUAAAAACAUUUUGCAAUAUAAAAUUAAACUUUAACAUUGUUACGUACAAUUUUCUUGCAACCCUGUAUAUCCUCUCUCUAAAACUGUACCUUUUGAGGUUGUUUUUCAAAACGCAUUCCGUGUUCUGUAGGAUAUGAAAACACAAGUGGCCUUGAAUGUUUAGCUCUUAGGUAGUUUAAAGGAUGUUUGAUAUUUCACAUAGACUAUUAAUGAAACACGUGGAAAUACGAUCGUACUGGAAUAAAUGCUAUUUUCUCUGGUAAUUCGUUCAAAUUGAAAAAUAUAUAGGAUGUCCCAAAAAUGAAUGUUAAUACGGAAUAACUAAAUUGAACACCUCAAAAAUUGUAGAAAUCGAUGCCCUGUAAAUGUUUCGAGUAUCACAACUACAAAAUUAGGUGUUUUUUUUUUGAUAAAUCAAAAAAUUUCACCACCAAAACAUUUUUUUCCAGUUUUAAGGUCUUUUUAAAUAAUCAUUGCCCUAAUUUGAACGUUAUAAAAAAAUUUAGUAGGUGAAACUACUCUUUUGUCUUAAUGUCCAUUUUGUACAGAUUUUAAAAUGGUAUUUUCCAUGCUAUUUGCUGUUUUCUAUUUAAGAGGAGAAACCAUGUUUUUCAUGAAUUUUUUUGAUUGAGACAAAUUGAAUUGAACCACAUUUACAAAUUUUUUCAAGUCAUUUGUGUUCAAAUGCCGAAGUUAUGGAUUGUUGUCCACCAAAGGUCUUUGUCCGAGUUAGUUGCUCACGGGAAAUGUGGAGGUCAUAAUUUUGAUCUUAAAGCAAAAUGGUUGUUUUCCUUCAUUACUAACAUGUUUUCUAAGAAUAUGAACCUCAUUGAGGGUAAAUAUUGAAGUUUUGACAUGUGUUUAAAAAAAUUAUCGAUUUUCAUCCUUUUUUUCUUCACUUAUUUUGAACAGAAAACCAAAAAAAUUAUGAUAUCCCAAUUGUUGGUUCAUGUUCUUUAUAAUUUCAUAAAGAAACACAUUUUCAAUUUCCAUAACGAUCCGUUCAUGACUUUUUGAGCUACAGUUCCCUUGAAUCAAAAAAAUGUCGUUUCGAGAAAAACGCGUUUGAAAAUUUCCGAAAACUAGAAAUUUGAAAAAAUUAUCAACAAUAUAGUGUACUUACCGAUCAAUCAGCGAUUCCAGCACCAUUUAAGUCUUUCUGCCUCUUGGGCAUCAUUGUGAGCUUGCAUCUGUUCUUUUCUUGCCCUACCUGCUGUUCGCCCAAGCAACAAUGGGAAUUUUUUUAUUGCAUUUACUUAGACAUCUUUGCGAUAUCUUGCAAGAAAACAGAAUCAUGAACAAUAAUACUUGUAGCCGUGAUAUCUGGAACAUUUACCUAGAUUAGCGAUUUUUCCGAUUUUUAAAAAAGUGACAAUUUUUCAAAAAUAAACAGUUUAGUUAUUCUGGCUAGUUAUGGGUCAGUCUAUCACUCUCUGCAAACUUGAUGUUGAUUUUAGGGACAUACUAUAUAAACGUACAUACUAUAUAAAUGUACAUACUAUAUAAACAUACAGUACAUAGCUAUUACAUAUGGUUUUUGAAAUAACUACGUCGGACAUAUUCCAAGAAUGAUACAUGACGACAUAAACAGCAUGUGUUCAAGUACGGUUGUAUUUCUUUCCUUAGGCAAAAUAAUUUUAUGUUCAAUUUAAUAUUUUAAGUAAAAUGGUUUCAUGUUCCAGAGGCAAUGUUGAUAUACGGGACAUAACUAAAAUAUUUGGCCAAACACUAAGAAAUGCUUUGUUUUUGAAAUACAGAGUAAGAGAGAACAAUGAAUUUGAUUUUCUUACAAAAAAAACAGCUCUAGCGAUUUCAUUCCAAUUCAGCAAGUAGUUUUAAUGUUUUUAUUGUCCACACACAUAUGCAUAAUAGAUUUAUUACAGGGGAAAAGUCCCAGGGGACGUAAUAUUUUAAGUACAAUAGAACCUCGAUUAUUCAGGCCGGCCAGACCGAAUUGUUGCUGGAUAAUCGAAAACACGGUUAAUGGAAAUAAUGCCCAAACUCACCAAUUUUGCACAAAAAUAUGAACUUUAUUACACAUACCUAUUAGAUAAUAUGUAUGCGAUAAACAAGCAGAGACUCAUCUUUGUUUCUGAGCGCUUUUUUUGCCCCGCCACGGAUAAUCCGCGUAUGGAUAGCGGAUAAUCAUAAACAUUGCAGCGCACUAAGAAUCCGCGGAUGAUCAGGGUUCUACUUCAAUUAUUUUCUUUUUCUUCAAAAUUAUUUCUACGUUGAUUUAUCAUUAUGACAGAGUGCUAAAAGCUUUCGAAAUGUUCCCUUUCUGCUGGUUCCUAUACUUCGCGGGCAAAAUUAUAGAGUGACUCAUCGCUAGCUCUUCAACUGGUCAGGAGGCGUGCGGGGUCGAAAAUCCAUAGGCGUAUCUGUUUAUUAUUUUUUUUGGCAACAGACAGUUUUUAAUUAUUACGUUUUAAAACGUCCCGGUUGUAUCUUUUUAAUUUAUAAAUUCGCGUACGCUUAUGCUAUGGCAUUUCUAACGACGGCUAAAUCAAGUACUACAUACGUCCGUUUACACCCACUAAAAAAGCAUUUCCCUGUUCAGUACAAUAGACAGAGCUGGAAAAUAGAUCGACGUUCAGUGUAACUCAGUUUAUAGAUGAUUAAAGAUCCUAUCGAAGUGCAUAGAAUACAAGACUAAUAAUAUUGGACUGUUAUAAAAAUUAUUUUAUAUUUUAUACGCUUUAUUGUAAUAAUGUUUUUAUAUUAUGUCUUGAGUCACUCUCUAUAAUUUCGACCGCGAAGCAUAGGAUACACCAUUAUCGAGAUAAAUGAUAUAAUCUUAGAAAAUUUUGAAACAUUUUUAAAUAAAAAUAAUCAUUAUUGGAAAAACCCUUUUAUGUAUUAAUAAAU